AUUCAGUCGUGUUUCAGGUUGUUUACAAACGGACGCACAAUGGAUAAAGAAAAAGAAACUCCGACGCCUUUCGAAGACGCCUUGGAGAGAACUGGUAACGGUCUGUACAAUGUACUUCUCGUUCUGACCUGCGGGUUGAUUCUCCUUGCCAUUGGCGUGGACCUCUUCGGCUUCGGGUUGGUGGUGUCAGUGGCCUGCGACCUCAACAUCACCGUCGCACAGAAGGGAAUCUUGACGUCAUUACCUUAUGUUGGUAUUCUGCUAGUUUCUUACAUCUGGGGAUACAUCUCAGACACUUGUGGACGAAAGUUUUCACUCAUCGUUUCCGUCCAAGCUGCCUUCGUGCUCUCCUGCCUCGCCAGCUUCUCUACGAACUGGUGGAUCCUCGGUCUAAUGAAGUUCUUGUCUGUUUGUUUUUCAUGUGCAGCCAAUUCUGCCACCUAUACUCUCGUAGGUGAAUCUUGCAUCAAGAGAGUGAGGAGCAAGUACAUGCUUCUGAUGACAUGUCUGCUUAUCUUAUCACCUGGUAUUGGAGCAGUUAUGUCCUACCCAACUCUCUUACUUGACUUCGAGACUGAAAUACCAUUCCUCGGUAUUAACUUCACACCAUGGCGUCUCCUAAUCAUUGUCCUGGCGUUACCGUUGGGCAUCGGUGGGGCUGCCAUCUGCUUCUUCCACGAGAGUCCAAAGUUCUUGAUCAAUUGCGAUCGGAACGACGAAGCGAUAGAAGUGUUACAACACAUGCAUUCUAUUAACAAUCGAGAUUCAAAAGAUAAUUUUCAAGUAACAUCAAUAUACUUAGAAGACGCAGUGGCCACAAAGCAGACAUCUUUAUGUCGUGCUAUGUACGAGCUGGGAGCACCUCUGUUCCGACCUCCUAUGCUCUGGAGGACCCUCCAACUGUUUUUCAUAGUUGCUGUUGUAUAUUUCACUAACAACAGUCUCCUUGUAUGGCUGCCCUACAUCAUGAACACAGUCAUGCUGAGCAUGGAACAGAACACCACCACUGUUGGAGACAUCUGCUCAGUAAUCUCUAUAAAUCCAACUUCGGAGAUCAAUGGAACUUUAUCAGCUAAUGCCACUGCGAUCACACCAGAAGUAUGCCUUGGUUACAUCGAAGACAACGUGAUUAUCACUCUAUUCAUGGCACAAAGCAUUUACGCUUUUCUAACUUUCAUUAUCUCCUACCUCAUGAAAUGGCGGAGGAUUGUACUUUUGACUAUCUUAACUAUCUCAUCUUUAAGUGGAGUUCUACUAAACUUGAUGCCUGAGCCUAUUUCAAGCGUGUUUCUGUUGAUGGUCUUCACCUGUACGAACCUUGGUAUGGGCAUCUUGGCGUCUUAUUUUGUGGAUUUGUACCCUACCUCUUGUAGGGGGAUGGUGGCUUGCCUCAGUAUUAUGGUCGGUCGGACGAGCACGUUCAUCGGCAUCAACGUGGUUGGCAACCUCAUCUUCUAUCACUGCCACGUCACAUUUUACAUGUGGGCGCUUCUUGUUUUAAGUAGUGUAUUAGCAGCUUGGUUUUUACCUCCAGACAAACCUCUGAAGAGUUAAAACUAAAUUUAAUCACUUAUUAUAUUACGGUCUGUGAUUUUAGAUUAUAUAAGAAUAUUACUUAUUAAUUAUAUUUAAGACUAUUUGAGAUAUAAUUAGUAGAUAAACAUUUUUACAUCGC